AUGUCCAAGGUAACGGCGCCCGGGCCCGGGCCGCCGGCGGCGGCGGGCGGGAAGGAGAAGCGCUCCUUCAGCAAGCGGCUGUUCCGGAGCGGCCGCGCGGGCGGCGGCGGCGGCGCUGGGGGCCCCGGGCCGGCCGCGCCCGCCUCGCCCUCGUCGGCACGCUCGGUGGGCAGCUUCAUGAGCCGCGUCCUCAAGACGCUGUCCACGCUCUCGCACCUUAGCUCCGAGGGCGCCGCCCCGGACCGCGGCGGCCUCCGCAGCUGCUUCCCACCCGGGCCGGCCGCCGCGCCCGCGCCGCCGCCCUGCCCGCCGCCGCCCGCCGCGCCCGCGCCGCCCGCCGCCGCCGCCAGCGCCGCCGAGCCGGUGCCCGGGGUGGCGGGGCUCCGGAACCACGGCAACACGUGCUUCAUGAACGCCACGCUGCAGUGCCUCAGCAACACCGAGCUCUUCGCCGAGUACCUGGCGCUCGGCCAGUACCGCGCGGCCCGGCCCGAGCCCCCGCCCGAGCCCGAGCCCGAGCCCGAGCCUCCGGCCGGCCGCGGCGCGCAGGGCCCCGGCGAGGUCACCGAGCAGCUGGCGCACCUGGUGCGGGCCCUCUGGACCCUGGAGUACACCCCGCAGCACAGCCGCGACUUCAAGAGUAUUGUGUCAAAGAAUGCAUUGCAAUAUCGGGGAAAUUCCCAGCAUGACGCCCAGGAGUUUCUGCUGUGGCUUUUGGACCGAGUUCACGAAGACCUCAAUCAUGCUGUGAAGCAGAGUGGCCAGCCUCCUUUGAAGCCACCAUCAGAGACUGAUAUGAUGCCUGAGGGACCAUCCUUUCCUGUCUGUAGCACUUUUGUACAGGAACUUUUUCAAGCCCAGUACAGAUCUUCUUUGACAUGUCCUCAUUGUCAGAAGCAGAGCAACACUUUUGACCCUUUCCUCUGCAUUUCUUUGCCAAUUCCUCUACCCCACACAAGGCCUCUCUAUGUCACCGUAGUGUACCAAGGGAAGUGUUCUCACUGCAUGAGGAUUGGUGUGGCCGUGCCUCUGUCUGGGACUGUCGCUAGACUUCGGGAAGCAGUGUCCGUGGAAACAAAGAUCCCCACUGAUCAGAUUGUGUUAACAGAAAUGUACUAUGAUGGGUUCCAUCGUUCCUUUUGUGACACAGAUGACCUGGAAACAGUCCAUGAAAGCGACUGCAUUUUUGCCUUUGAGACUCCAGAAAUAUUUAGGCCUGAAGGAAUUCUCAGUCAAAGAGGAAUCCACUUAAACAACAAUCUGAAUCACUUGAAAUUUGGCUUGGAUCAUUGCAGGCUGUCUUCUCCUAUACACACAGCAGCAAAGCAAGGGAAAGUGGACUUGCCCCCAACAAGAACAGGAACUGACAAGAUUGUUCUGUUAGUGUGUAACCGAGCCUGCACUGGGCAGCAAGGGAAAAGAUUUGGACUGCCUUUUGUGCUGCACUUAGAGAAGACAAUAGCAUGGGACCUUCUGCAGAAGGAAAUCUUGGAGAAGAUGAAGUAUUUCUUGAGGCCCACGGUUUGCAUUCAGGUGUGUCCAUUCAGUUUGCGUGUGGUCAGUGUUGUGGGAAUAACAUACUUACUGCCCCAAGAGGAGCAGCCCCUGUGCCACCCAACGGUAGAAAGGGCAUUAAAAUCUUGUGGACCAGGUGGCACUGCUCAUGUGAAAUUAGUGGUAGAAUGGGACAAGGAGACAAAAGAUUUCUUGUUUGUAAAUACUGAAGAUGAGUAUAUUCCUGAUGCAGAAAGUGUCCGUCUGCAAAGGGAGCGUCAUCAUCAGCCUCAAACUUGCACUUUAUCCCAGUGUUUCCAACUCUACACCAAAGAGGAACGGCUUGCCCCGGAUGACGCCUGGCGUUGCCCACACUGUAAGCAGCUGCAGCAGGGGAGCAUUACGUUAAGCCUCUGGACCCUGCCUGAUGUGCUUAUUAUACAUCUAAAGAGAUUUCGACAGGAAGGAGACAGGCGUAUGAAACUUCAGAACAUGGUCAAGUUCCCCUUGACUGGCCUGGACAUGACACCUCAUGUGGUUAAGAGGAGCCAGAGCAGCUGGAGUUUGCCAUCCCAUUGGUCUCCGUGGAGACGUCCCUAUGGACUCGGGAGGGAUCCUGAGGACUACAUCUAUGACCUGUAUGCUGUGUGCAAUCAUCAUGGCACCAUGCAAGGGGGGCACUACACAGCGCACUGUAAGAACUCCGUGGACGGCCUCUGGUACUGCUUCGACGACAGCGAUGUGCAGCCGCUGUCAGAAGAGGAGGUCUGCACGCAGACGGCCUACAUCCUCUUCUACCAGAGGCGGACGGCUAUACCGUCGUGGUCGGCCAACAGCUCAGUGGCAGGCUCCACAAGCUCUUCCUUGUGUGAACACUGGGUGAGCCGGCUCCCAGGGAGCAAGCAAGCCAGCGUGACCUCUGCAGCUUCUUCCAGACGCACCUCCCUGGCCUCGCUGUCUGAGUCCGUGGAAAUGACCGGGGAAAGGAGUGAAGACGAUGGAGGUUUCUCAACUCGACCGUUCGUGAGAAGUGUCCAGCGUCAGAGCUUGUCGUCCAGAUCUUCUGUCACCAGCCCCUUGGCCGUCACUGAAAAUUGCAUUCGACCUUCUUGGUCCCUGUCUGCUAAGCUGCAGAUGCGCUCCAAUUCUCCUUCCCGAUUCUCAGGGGACUCUCCGAUUCACACCUCCGCCUCCACCUUGGAGAAGAUCGGGGAGGCAGUGGACGACAAGGUCUCCAUCUCUUGCUUUGGUAGCUUGAGGAACCUUUCCAGCAGUUACCAGGAGCCAAGCGAUAGUCACAGUCGACGUGAGCACAAGGCUGUGGGUCGGGCCCCUCUGGCUGUCAUGGAAAGUGUGUUCAAGGACGAAUCAGACACCCGCAAAUUGAACUCCAGUGUUGUAGAUGCACAGAGCAAAAACUCAGCACAAGGGGAUCGUGUGCCCCCCAUCUCUGAUCCUUUUGAUAACAAUAACCAGAUUGCUUAUGUGGAUCAGAGUGAUUCUGUAGACAGCUCUCCAGUCAAAGAGGUGAAACCCCCCAGCCACCCAGGCUCCCUCACGAAGAAACCAGAGAGCACAACCAAGAGAUCCCCCAGCUCCAAAGGCGCUUCUGAGCCAGAUAGAGGUGUGCGGAAGGGGAGACCAGUGUUGGCAAGCCAGGAAUCAUCGCUUUCAAGUACGUCCCCUUCUUCUCCUGUUCCUGUGAAAGUUUCUGUAAAGCCCUCCCGCUCCCGAAGCAAAGCAGACUCCUCUUCCAGGGCCAGUGGACGCCAUUCCUCCCCUGUCCCCGCCCAACCCAAAAAAGAGUCUUCCCCCAAAUGCCAGGACUCCGCGUCAUCUCCUUCACCCCAGAAGCAGAAGUCGGCCCCUGCUCUCACGUGCACUGUUUCCUCCACGUCUGCCAAAAAAGCCUCAGGCCCUGCCUCAAGGGGCCCCUUCCCUCCUGGGAAGGGCAGGACUUCAGACAGGAGCUUAAGUAGAGAGGGCUCCAGACAAAGCCUGGCUUCCGACAGAGCCAGCAUAGCCUCCAGCUCCAAACCCAACUCCCCAAGGGUGAGCCAGGCCAGGGUGGGGGAGGGCCGAGGGGACGGGAAACAUGUCAGGAGCUCUUCCAUGGCCAGCCUGCGCUCCCCCAACACGAGCAUGAAGGCCGGUCUGAAGAGGGACAGCAAGUCGGAGGACAAGGGGCUGUCCUUCUUCAAGUCAGCCUUGAGACAGAAGGAAACUCGGCGGUCGACUGAUCUUGGCAAGACAACCUUGCUCUCCAAGAAGGCCAGCGGGAGCUCUGUCAAGUCGGCCUGUAAGAAUGCCAUGGAUGACAAGGCAGAGAAAGGCUACCAGGCUCCAGGUUCCCAGCAGCCGAGUGCAAACGCAGUUGGAAAAGAGCAGCUUGUCUCCAAGGACCCUGCUUCUGCUAAACAUUCCCUGCUGUCCGCUCGCAAGUCCAAGUCUUCCCAGCUAGAUUCUGGAGUGCCCUCGUCUCCUGGAGGCAGGCAGUCUGCUGAGAAGUCUUCAAAAAAGUUAUCUUCUAGCAUGCAAACCUCUGCACGGCCUUCUCAAAAACCUCAGUGAUAUUUCUGCAACCCAAGUGUUUUAUCUGUAAAGAUGUUUAUUUAUUUAGAACCCUGUCCCUCCCACCAAAGCCCUCUAUGCUUUUGUUUUGUACUUUUUGGGUCACGUGCCUGAUGUGUGUAUAUCUGGGCGUCUGUGCGUGUGUGUGUGUGUGUGUGUGUGUGUGUGUGUGUGUGAGAGAGAGAGAGGAGAAUUCAAUUGCAAAUUGUUAAAAGCGUCGCCUUAUUCUACCAUUGAACCAAAUAACAGCCAUAGGCAAAGCAUUGAUACCAAGCUAACUGGAAUAAUUGUAGACGAUACCCUGGAUGGUCCCUUUAGCAAUUGUACAUAUUUCUUUCUAGAGGACUCUAAUGACUUUUGUUGGACACUAGGGUUUUGGAACCUGUGAACCAGUUAAGCUAUCAUUAGUGUGCUCUGUGGAAGGAUGAAUUGUUUGACUUGGGUUUCAUCUGAGCAGGAUUUGUCCUCACUACGGAUAGUCAUGUGGCACCAGGAGCUCUAAAAACUGUGACACUAACAGCGAAACAAACUGAGAGAAAACUGUUGCUUUCUGCACUUUGGCCCCAUCUACCAGUCUUUGUAAAGGGCAAUAUUUUAACACUAAUGUUUCUCAGGUAUAUACUCAGCUAGUCUAGGAUGGAUGCGCGUCAGUAACAGGAUUAGAGAGGAAGGUGGCCUAUGGGUGACUGUCAUUUCUCCUGCCAUAGAUAGAAGUUUUUAGAGGUAAAAAUGAAGUCUUUCACUACCUUAAUAUCUGCAAAGAUGUGUGUACCAUAAGCUCUCUUGCCUCUUGGGCUGUGUCCUAAGAGAUGGAAAAUUGGAUGGCCAGAAAGUCAGUCACUGGUAGUUAAAUUUUUUUUCCUUCUCAAUUUGGUAGCUAAGGCCAUUGGGAGUUUGAAAUGUAAUAGAGCAGUUAACACCUUUGAAAGAUUCCUGGAAAAAAAUGGAUUCUAAACUGGAUGCAUGAAUCUGUACCAUUUUCCUCCUCUGGUGUUGCUUUUUCCUAUGUUAGAAGUUGAAAGCUCCAUGCUGUCCCAUGUGUGCAUGCCCAUGUUUCCUCAUCUUGAAACUUGGAGAGGAAAGAAGUUGCCUAAUGCCAAAAGUCAGUGAUGGUAUGUUGAAGCGAUGUGUGACGAAGUAUUACAUGUACGCCUCUGAUCCUGCCUGUCGGUCUUAGUUGUGACUGCUUUUCAGUAACUCAUUUAUUUCUUCUUUGUGCUUAAGAUUUAAUCUCUUACCCAGAACUCACAAGCAGGAUUGGAGCAUGUUCCAUCUGGCAUUGUCAGUGCAAAUUGCAUUUCUUGUUUAGAAAAAAGGGAACCUCACAAAAAUCUUACAGAUAAGCAAGAUGCAUAAUUUUUCAAGGUUUUUGGGGGUAUCCCGGGAAUUUUUAGCUUUUUUCCCCCCUUUUUCUAUUUUUUUUUAAAAUGUGAGGAGAGUCAUGGUCCUGACUCUCUUUGAAUAGCAUUUGUCACUUUGCCAUGAAAUAUAGCAUGCUAAGUUUAUAUGCUAUUAAAUGUUAACUUUUUAAAAAAUCAUAUUCCUCAACUUCUUCCUGAACUCUUGGUGCACAGAUCCAUUUAUAGUCUUCUUUUUCAGUAUUGCUGUGUGUGAAGUAACUAGAACACAUGUACACGCAUAGCUAUGAAUUCUGCACUGCCUUUUUUUGUUUGUUUUUUUUUUCUUUUUUUUCCAUGAAUACCUCUUGGGAAAUGUUUCCAGUAGGUCCCUUAACUUUAUUUUGCUGCUAAUUUGAGCAUUAGCAGGUAACUUGCAAGUCUGGAGGCCAUUUUUGUUGAGGGUAGCUGGAAUUUUAGACCCUUGCAAUAUUUAAGACACAUGUACAGCCUUGUGAAAGUUACUCUAGUGCUCCAUGAAAUUCAUUUAACAUGAGCCUGUUGCCCAUUGCACUCAGUCCUGGACUCACCACUUCUCUACUGUCCUCCUUCUGCUGGACAGACCUCUGGUUUCCCAAAGCAGCGUUGCCCUCCUCUGCUGUAGUGUGACUACCGACAACUGGCUGGCUUCGAUAUUGUUACUGCUUCCGACAGCACGUUGACAGCCAGAUCGCUGUUUAACCACUGCUAGUUUUCCUGUAUCGUUUUUAUUUCCUGAAAAAGAUACACCAAAUAUGGGGUUGUCAAUAUCAGGAAUCGAAUGUCUGAUUUGAGCCUCUCAUCUUUCUUUAGUAGGUAAAUCUCAUUUGAAAUCUCCUACCUGAAGCUCUGAAACAGUUUUAGAAUUAAAUAGUUUGACUGCACAAAGGGUUUUAAUAACUUUUGGGGGGGGGCUGUAAUCAGUUAAGCAUUAAUAGAAACUAGUUUAAUUUUCACAAUGGUAAAUAUUUUUAUUCUUGAGUCCUCCAGGAAUGGAUUUUCCAUUAUAACUAGUGUCUUAAAAAAAAAAACAAACUACAAACUCCUUUAAUUUUCCAUGGGAUCUAGAAAUAAAAUUUUAAUACCUAUAAACUGUAUGUCUAUGGAGUUUAGUCCUUAUUUCAGAUUUAAAUGGAAAAAAAAUCAGAAAGUAUUAUGGCAUCGUUUAGACAUCUUUAGGCUAUUAUAUUUCCCUGCCUGAUGAACAAUGAGAAUUUCAUCCCUAGCUACGAGGUACAACCUUUAAGCCACAGAAAAGGAGAACUUGCCCCAAAAUGUGGAAGUGGUCCUUGAGGUGUGAAGUAUCUUAUGGAAAAUUGUGACUUGGUUCAGCUCAGCUCUUUGAGAGGGUUUGGGACGUGGUGUUUCUUUUUAUUUUCCCGCUGCUCUUUGGCACAAUGAGCAUAUAUGUGUUUGGGGUUAAGAAUCGCCUGCUCAGGAUGGUAGGCCUGGGUUUCUGCUUGACGACCAGGGGGGCCCGAUUAGAGCAGACAUUUCCUGGUAGGCACAAAAUAACCCCCAACAGUAGUGCAGCAUGUUUGUUUGCUUUUAAAAAAACUUUUUACUCUUGAUUUCUUUUCCUGUAAACAUCCAGUGCACUAAGGCUAUAUCAUUCCUUAAGACAGCCCUAACCUUUGUUUUUGUAAUCCCCUGUAUAAUGUGGAAGCACAAAGAAACUGUUAAACUCAUGUCAUCUCAAGACCAUCUCCCACCCUUUUUGUAUCUUCUCAUCCUAAAAGCAGCUUAACUGAAGUUAAGUAAUACUGCGCUGGACCAAUAGAAACGGAUGUUGGGAGUAUUUGUGGUAUGGUAAAAUAUUGUAUUAUCUGUGAGGCUGCCCUGAACUCUUUUGUAACCAUUCUUUCAUCAUUCAUUCGUUCAUUUUGCCAACAUUUGUUGAGGCCCUGCUUUACUCGUAAAGGCAAGCUGAAAGCUUCAGGAAUUUGCUGGGGCUCAGGAGUCCUGGGAGCUCAGCCUAUGAACCAGGGGAUGCCAGUGAUGUCCUAAAUGGAGGGACAAUCCUCCCGAACAAAAAGAUCACAUGGAUUCUGGUGAAUCAGCUUAGGCUUGUGGCCCCUCUUGAGCAAGUCUGUUCUGUUCUGGAAACCAAAAGUGCCCUUCUUCUGGAGCAUUUUACUCUUACAUCCACUUUUUCAGACUGAGCUGUCUCUACUACUUAGGGGUUGAAAAUCCGUUACGAAGUCACUUUUCAUUAGAAUUUGGUCAUCCACGUUUGUAUGAGUUGGAAGUGGGGGUUUUUUGGAGAGUGGAGAGAAAAACUGUCAUCCCUGUAAAAUAGCUAUCAUGAAAAAAAGUAGGAACAGUAUGUAAAGGAAACAGUAGUGGCAGCCGUUAGGAAAAUUGGAGCAGAGAAGAGCUGUGAACAAAGCUCGUUUAUUUCAAAUAAACAUGUUUUUAAAAGUAGAUUGACAUCUCACCUUAAGUUUCAUUCUGACAAAUUACUGAACAGCUAAAGUUAUUGUGUCCCGUGUAGGUUAUUAUAAUUAUUGGAUGCAAAGACAAUUAGUGUUUCUGGGUUGGGUUUUUGAGAUAAUAUGCAAAUCAUAAGCACAGUUUCAAUAAAACACAUAUUCUUUGAGGUGCGUUGAACUCGUUUUAUUCGGAAUUGAGAAGGGCAAAAUUUGCUGACAAACCAGUGCCUGUGUCAUAAACAUAAACACAAAAAGUAGCUGUUACCGUGCAGACUGUCUUUAAUUUCAUAAAGGGUACGUUACUGCUAAACCAAACUACAUAUUUUGGGGGAAAUACUUUGCUUUUAUUUAAAUGGACAGUGUCUCACACUGCCUUGUGGUCAGCUCACAGAGUGUUUUGCAGCUGCAUUUUGGGCGUGACCAAUCGUUUUUUUUCCCCCAAGUAAUGCCAACAGUUUUGCGUGGCCUCCAUCUAACCCAGAAAGCAUGCUGUUACUACCUAUGCAAGCAACUCAUAAAGAAUAGAGAUGACACUAAAUGUAAGUUUGAAAAAAAAAAGGCAACUCUUAGAUUAUGGAGCUCUAUUUUUGAACUUGUGAUUUUUUUAAAUGUGGCUUAAGCAUCAGUAUAGAAGAGCACGAAUGUGAUUUCUCGUUUUGCUUUGCACAUGUUUCUCUUGGCCAAUUUCUUUGAUCAUUGGCAAGAUCGUGUGUAAAGUAUUUUGCAAGCAGGAGUGGAAUUGGGUAUGUUGAACACACACUGGUUUAUAUACCUUAUUUAGCUGGAGACUGCUAAAGUAUUUUGUUCUAAAAAUAACCUGCCAUUUUCUAUAGAUUUUAGUUUUUUAUAUCUUCCAGGGUUCUAUCCUGGUCACAAGGAGAGAAUGUGGCUUCUAAUAGUGCUAACAAUUUUAAAACACUUUUGUAGAGACUUAGAGCUGUUUUGGAAAGCUUUGGAGCUUCCCAACCGCUGGUCACAAUAAGACUAAGCUUGUGGAAUUUAUGGAUUAGGUUCUAGAUCCAUCUCACAUUCAUUUAAAACUGGUGUUUCCCAAUUUGGGGAGAAGGGAGGUGCAUAGCAGCCUGGGAAGCUUUUUCAAAUCUCACACGUACUCUCCUCAACAUUCUGUUAAGCCUCUUCUGAAUGACUUGUCUGAGAUUUCUGAUACCCGGCGUUCACUAGAAUCGUCUAGAGAACUUUUGAAAAUGCCUGGGUCCUCCUCCGAAGCUUUUGAUCUAAUUAGCGUAGGGGCAGGUCCCAGGAAUUGCCAUAUAUUUUAAAGCUCCUGGUGUUUCUGAUUUGCAGUCAGAACUGAGAACCACUGUGAUUUGACCUCCCUUUGCCAAGAUCUGUGGCGAGAAUCACUGCCAUACGAAGUACUCAGGAGUGACUCAGAUUCCUCUGUUACGUCCAAGAGGAAAGAAACAAAGACUGAGAACUACUAGUUUCAGCCUCCUGUUGAAAUGAGGGGGCCUCUCUGAGUGGAGGCCUGACUUGGGAGCAUUCGUUUUGUGGGUGGCCAGCACUUGCCAGUCCGGUGGGAAUUGGUCUUUCAUCUGCUAGAGCUAGCAGAGAGCCCUGUGCGGUGUGCGUCCUUCCCAGAGCCUUUCCCCUGGAUGCCACCCUGGGGGGGGUAGGGAAGUCACUUUGAGUUAGAAAAUGCUGAAGUAAAGCCUUCAUUGGCCUUGGAAAACCUGUCCCUGAUUUUGAUAGAAUGAUUAUCUCUUUGUAGUAAUUAUAACAGCAAACCCUAGGCUGUCACCACAUGUCCUGUUCAGCUCAUUCUCUACUUCUCCAGAAUGUAGUUUCAGGAAUUAUUUUUAGUUUAAAAAUGAAUGUGAAGUAUUUUAUUUGAAGUCGUCUUUUUUUGCAACUUUCGUUGGCGUUUUUUCAUGUAACUUAAAUCAAAUAAUACUCAUCCAAAAACUGGGCAGGUAUAUGUUACCUGUGGCAGCAGAUGAAAUUUAGUUUUAAUCUAUGGUGAGCUGAGCACACUGCAACGUCUUCAGACUACCCUGCCUCUCCUCACCAGCGCUUUCAUCCUGGUGAGCAUUAUGCUGCCUACAAAAAAAAUCAAUACAAUUUACCUGACGUUUUCAACAUUUCAAGGAAGAAAGAUGUAAGUCAAAAUCCAAGUUGGAAGUCCUCUUUAGAAAGGCCGCCCAGAGCAUGGGGGCCGCUGUCGUGGUGAAGAUGAAGUAGAGAUCUCCCAGGUGCUAUUCUGGUCGGCAUGGGGUCGCGGCAGCAGGGAGGGGCAGUCCGGAGCUCCAGUUCCCUCUGUCGGCCUGUCAGAUACACGUUUAGUGUUCCCUCUGGGCUCGCUCACCAACUGUGCCUCUCACCACUGGUUAAAACUGAAUUCAAGCCCCAUUACAGAAAUAAUUUCUGGAGCGAACUCUUGAGUUUCUACACUGGAAUUUCUAUGGCUGUCUGAAAAGCUGCAUGUCCUAUCACUGUACACAAAAAUGCUUUCGGAUCGUUCAUUCCCUGUUCCUAGGGAUUUCUGUGUAAUUUUCUUCUUUAGUUGUAUAGUAAUUUGGAAGGCAGGAUGUCUUUCCUUCAGGCUGGAAGAGAAGUGUAUCAUACAUUUUAAAUUAUUUUACAACAAAUGCAUGGGAUGUGUCACUGACUUCUGUUAUUUAUGUGUAUGUUUUCUUAUUCAAGGUGUAUGCACUUUUCAGAAGCAGAAUUUAUAUUUUUAUGUUUAAAACGUUUUAUUUCUGGAACAGCAGUUGGUAAUACAGUAUACAGUUGGAAUUAAGAGAAUAGUGGAAAAUGUAACAAAAUAUAAUAAAUUUAUUACAUGAUGCCCUC